GCAAAAGGUUGACUUUGGGAUUGAUUGAUGGGGUUAAGCGCUAGAGCUUCCAGAUUUCGGAAUUCUGUUUUUCCAACUAAAUCUCUGCUCCCCAGGCACCUUUCCACCAUGAGAACAAGGACAAUUUUUGGGAUUUCUCUUUCCCUGAUCAUCAUCAACAUGGCCGCUAUAAUGGAGCGUGCUGAUGAGAAUCUCCUUCCAGCUGUUUACAAAGAAGUCAGUGAAGCUUUUACAGCAGGACCAUCUGAUCUUGGGUAUCUCACAUUCAUAAGGAACUUUGUGCAGGGGAUUGCAUCUCCAGUGGCAGGUAUUUUAGUUUUAAAUUAUGACCGCCCCACGGUUCUUGCAAUUGGUAUCCUCUGCUGGGCCCUAUCAACUGGAGCAGUGGGUGCAAGCAAGUAUUUUAUGCAGGUUGCCUUCUGGAGAGCAGUAAAUGGCUUCGGUCUGGCUAUCGUGAUACCUGCUUUGCAGUCCUUCAUAGCUGAUAGCUAUAAGGAUGAAGUCAGAGGGACAGGAUUUGGGUUUCUUAAUCUAGUUGGUACUGUGGGUGGGAUAGGAGGCGGAGCUAUAGCUACAGUUAUGGCUGGUCAUGAAUUCUGGGGCAUACCAGGAUGGCGCUUUGCCUUUGUCGUGAUGGCAACUUUGAGUACUUUGAUAGGAUUCCUUGUUUUCUCUUUUGUUGUUGACCCAAGGAAAAAAGCCAGCGUCCAGCAUGACAGGGAAGAAUUGAGAGAGAAAGGCCGCUCAAAUAGCAAUUCAAUGUCAAUUUGGAUGGAGUCCUGGACAGCCAUGAAAACUGUCAUCAAACUCCAAACGUUUCAGUUCAUUGUUCUGCAGGGUCUAGUUGGAUCCCUACCUUGGACAGCCUUUGUUUUCUUUACAUUAUGGUUUGAAUUAAUUGGUUUUGAUCAUAAUAGUGCAGCAGCACUUGUCGGUCUAUUUGCCGCUGGAUGCGCAUUAGGAUCCUUUUUUGGAGGAGUAGUUGCAGACAAAAUGUCUCGAAUAUACCCUCAUUCAGGGCGUGUCAUGUGUGCUCAAUUUAGUUCUUUUAUGGGCAUCCCGUUCUCAUGGUUCCUUCUUCGAGUUAUUCCCCCGUCUGUAAGCAGCUAUUCCACAUUUGCUGUGACUUUAUUCAUAAUGGGCCUCACAAUCAGCUGGUGUGCGACUGCUACAAAUGGUCCCAUGUUUGCAGAAGUGGUGCCUUCGAAACACCGCACCAUGAUUUAUGCUUUUGAUCGUGCGUUUGAGGGUUCAUUUUCUUCUUUUGCUGCUCCAAUUGUAGGGAUUCUCGCUGAGAAAAUGUAUGGUUAUGAUGCCAAGUCUGUUGAUCCAAUAUUAGGGUCUGCAAGAGAGGCUUUAGCACUGUCAAAAGGCCUCUUUUCAAUGAUGGCUGUGCCUUUUGGUUUAUGUUGCUUGUUUUACACCCCUUUGUAUUGGACAUUCAAGCAGGACCGUGAGAAUGCAAGACUUGCUGCUGCAAAAGAAACAGAGAUGAUAUGACAAUCCCACGCUUUUCAUUUCUUUGUUAAUUCUUUCUUCUUGGAUUCAUUGGGCCCAUCUGGCAAGUUCAGUUCAUUUGGAUUUGGAGUUUCUCUCUGUGACCACUUUGAUGAAAUGCUGCUGCACUACUGUAGGCCAAAACAACAGUGUUCCCAUCUAAUUUUGCAGAGGUGUCAUCGGUGGCAACACCAGGACAACAGAUUAAGUCUCCAUUUCACUAAUCUCACCUAACAGAUCAUACUCAAAAGUCAAAAAUGUAUUGGUGCUGAAACAAGCAGACGAUUUUGCCGUACAAAGAUAUGCCAGCCAUCAGGUAGUCCAACACUGAAGUAGCUGCUUGUGCAAUGACAGGCUAGAAUAGAGCGAUGAGGGACAGGGUUUGCCUGUUUGUCUAUGAUACAUGUAAAUCCUUCCAUUUUUUGAAGUUAGAAGAAAGCGACAGAACUAUACGAUCCUGUUGGUGUUACAUCUAGAUAUUGAAGUUGAAAAUUUUGAUAUAAAUACUAAGCUCUAACAUGGCA